GUCACAUGUGGCAAGUCAUAGAUGCAACAUGUUCUAGAAGCUCGCUAUAGAAUAGGUCACUUUCCCAGUGAACUGCGAGAGAGAACAUUUGCACCAAGCGAAAACUUGCUAAGCUCAAGACGAUGGAAGGCACUGGAGCUCGUCAACCUUCAAACAUCUUCCAACAGUGGAACAAGGUGCUGACUCAGGAGAACGAGGUCUUGAAGCAGAAAAUCCAGGAGCUGAAGGACAAACUUCAGCAGGCCGAAGCCAAGAACCCAAAAGCUUCAGCCUGUUGCCACUUAAUGCAGGAGCACCACCAGGAGCUGAGCAGCCUGAAGAAGAAACACGAAGAUGUCGUUUGCCGCCUCGACGCCAACCACAAGUUCGAACUGGAGCUGGCUGAACUGAAGCUGGAGCAAGUCCAGAAAGAGUUGCAGGAGGAAAAAAAACUCAGACUGCAAGGUGAGAAUGAAAAACAGGAAGCUGUGGAAAACGCACGGGCGCUUCAGGAGAAACUGAAACGUUUGGAGAAGAUGUCCAAAGGGCCUGCAGUGGAUCGCGAAGUCGCGGAACUUCGGAAAAUGCUUGGAAAAGAAAGAGAGCUGAGGGCCCAGGUGGAAACGGAAAGCAACAAGCAUUUUCAAGCUUUGAGGGUUCUGUCCGAAGAGAUGGACCAAGAACUUAAUAGAGAGCGAGACCUCAGGGCCCGAGCGGAGACAGACACACAGGAGGCUGUGGAAAUAGCAGAGAUCGCCAUCCUGAAACUGGAAGAGAUCGAGAAGCCGCCAAUGGAGUGCUCAGGUGAGGGCGGAGAGCACACUCGGGAGAAAGUUAAAGGCGGCAACCAGCAGUUGGAAGACAUGCUGCGAGAAGAGAGAAAGCUGAGGCUCCAGGCCGAAGCCGAGAUCAGCGACCACGUCAAGUCCAUCAGUGUCUUCUGCGAGGAAAUCAACCAGGAAAUCAACAGAGUACGAGACGCAUUGGCCCGCACAAAGGCAGGGAAGGAGGAGGCAGUGGAGAUCGCCGAGAUCCUCCUCAAGAAACUGGAAGAAAUUGAGAACUCGUCCAAGGAGCGUUCGCCUGUGAUCAGGGCGGACGGUUGCGAGAGCCCCAAAUCUGACCUCCAGCUCCAAGAGGCGAAGCGACUCAUGGUCCAGGCAGAGAUGGAAAAGAUCGGGCGGUUCCAAGCGUUGUUUGAAGAGAUGGACCAGAAGCUGAAGAAGGAACAAGAACUUCGAGCUCAAACGGAGGCAGACAAGCAAGAGGCUAUAGAAAUCGCAGAUAUUCUCCUCCAGAAACUGGAAGAGAUCGAGAAAAUAUCAAAGGAGCUCUAAACUUCAGUGUUUUAAUAAAUUUGUUUUCCGUGUGUGGAAAUAUUAA